AUGGUCAGAUUGAAUCCCCACGCGGCCUCUUUCGUGCCCGUGGCCACUUCCAAGACGGCCGCCGACGGCGCCAAGGGCGUCGACUUUGGCGCCAACGGCGGCGCUGCUGCCGCCGGCGACGACAAGCCGGGGACGCCUGGCGUGCCAGCCUCGCCUAUUGCAAUCUGUGUAAGCCCUGCCCGGCUGUCCCCGCUUGUCAUCGGCGGCACAGCCGUCGCACCGGCGGGACAUAGGGCGGGCGCCGUGGCGCCCGCAACGCCAAACGGCCUUGCAGAGGUGGCGUCCUGCCUCCUGUCUGGCGAGCUCACUUUUGAGGACGUAUUCUACCAUGAGGCCAGCCGCCGCACGUCGACUGCCGACGCCCCCGAGACACCCUGCUUCGGCGAGGGCGAGGAGGAUGACGGCGCGCCGGCGGCGGGCGGCGCGCCCCUCGCCUCCGCCGCGCACUGGCCGAGCGACCCGAGCCUUAGCCGCCCCUGCGAGGACACGGCCAGCAGCGCCGCCAGCACCGUCGGCGACGGCUCCGACGCGGCAGCGGUGGAGCAGGCGCGGCUGGAGCUGCGGUGCGACGGCCCGGUGGAGAGCUGCGCGGCGACGGGCAUGCCGGCGUCGACGCGCGUCGGGCCGCGCGAUUUUGAGAUCCUUCGGGUCGUCGGGCAGGGCGCGUUUGGGAAGGUGUUCCAGGUGCGUCACCGCGGCACGGGGGCGCUGUACGCGAUGAAGGUGAUGCGCAAGGAGCGCAUCCUGGAGCGCGACCACGGGGAGUACAUCCGCGGGGAGAGGGACGUGCUUACGGCCGUGGUGCACCCCUACAUCGUGACGCUGCGCUUCAGCUUCCAGACCCCCAGCAAGCUGUACCUGGUGCUGGACUUCAUUAACGGGGGGCACCUCUUCUUCAACCUCUAUAGAGCGGGCGUCUUUGACGAGGCGGUAGCGCGGCUGUACACCGCCGAGAUCGUGUCUGCGCUGUCCUACCUCCACGGCCGCGGCAUCGUGCACCGCGACCUGAAGCCGGAGAACGUGCUCCUGGACUGCGAGGGCCACGUCAAGCUGACAGACUUUGGACUGGCCAAGGGCAACAUGGGCGCGGGCACCAGGUGGGGAUUGGGCGGGGCCGGCGGGCCGGCGGAGGGGGGCGGCGAGGGCGGCCGGGGAGCGAGUUGGAGGGAGGGAUUGCCGCACGGAGGCACCGCUGAGAGCACGCCAGCGGCACCCUGCAGGCUUGAAGAGGAUUCUUAA